AUGACGGCGGUGCGCUCGAUCCUGGAAACGCGCGAGAAGCGAAGCGCGUCGCUGGUGCUGCAGAACUUCAGCGAGCUGCUUCCGUUCGCCGCCGAGCUGGGCGUGAAAUACCAGCUGCGCGUGCUCUCGCACUGCGUCGUCUCGCAGCUGCGCAGCGCGUCGCGAAGCGGCUCGCUCUCUCCGGAGGACUGGAGCCGCGUGUUCGAGCUGAUCGAGUCGAUGCUGUCGCUCGUGGAGUCGCAUCCCUCGCUCUCCCUCGAGUUCUACAACGUCUACGAAGCCAUCCGCGGCGCCAACACGCUGGAGGCCGACCUCCAAGACCUCGCCGCCAGCGACUCGCCCGCGCGCAUCGAGGGCGAUUUGGCGCAGUACGUCGCGCAGCUCGCCGCCGACUACGUGCGAUCGCAGCAGCAGAGCGACGCGCACUCCACCGCCUACGUGGCGCGUCUGCGCGACGAGGUUCGCUUGGAGGGUCUGGCCGCGCGCGUGCAGCGCUACUACGCCGCGCAGCCGCGUCUCUGCGUGCAGAUGGCCUUGCUCCGCGUCCGUCUUCUGUUUUUUUCUCUUUUAUCCUGCCUCACCCCCAGCCAUUAUCUCCGCGAGCCCGUCUAUCGCGCGCUCUACUCCACCUGCCGCCCCGCGCAGCCCCCCGCGGAUCUGUUCGCCACGGUGCGCGCGGCGUGCGGGCUGGUGUACCGCGAGGGCAUCGCGGCGCAGCGCCUGGAGGCGGCGCUCUACGAGAUCAUCCACCUCUCGGUGAACGGUCGGUUCGUGGCGGCGCGCGAUCUGAUGCUGAUGGCGCACGUGCAGGAGCGGAUCGUGCGCGCGGAGGACGAGCAGCGUCUGCUGUUCAACCGCGCGAUGAUGCAUCUGGGCGUGGCGGCGUUCUGCCAGGGCAACAUGGUCUACGCGCACAACUGCCUCGACGACCUCGUCAAUCUCGGCACGCGCAGCAACCAGCUCCGCGCCCUCGUGGCGCAGGGCAGCGACGCGCAGGACGAGGAGACGCACGCGCUGCACGAGCGGUGGAGCGUGCCGAUGCAUCAAUGGGUCAACCUGGAGCUGGUGGAGGUGUGCUAUCUGCUCUCCUGCGUGUUCAUGGACGUCGCCUCCAUGGUGGCCGAUCGAAGCAACAUCUACAAGAUCUCCGCCUUCUUCAAGCGCUACUACGAUCGCUACCGCAGACACGUUUUCCUCCGCCCGGACACCGAUUCGCUCCGCGUCCUCGCCGCCUACGAGGCCAUUCUCAAGGGCGACUGGCGCCAGGCCGUCGCGAUUUCCCGCGGAAUCGACGCGUGGCGGUUCCUCCCCGCGGAAAUGCGCGAGAACGUGCUGGCGAUGCUGGAAGGGAAGACGCAGACGCUGGCGCUGCAGGCGUUUUUGCUGGAGCGCGGCACGUGCUACCAAUCGCUGAGUCUGGAGGGGCUCUGCGAAAUGUUCAGUCUCCCCGCGGAUCGUGUGCGAGCCGAGGUGAACCGGCUGCUGCUGCAGGGAUUGGUGAGCGCGUUCUGGAAUGAAGACGCGACGAUGCUGCAGUUCGUGGAGACGCUGCCGAGCCGAGUGGAGAUGCUGACAUUGCAGAUGGCGGAGAAGGUGAACGAGCUGGAAGACGCGAACAAGAGAAUGCGGGAGGAGAAGCGAGAGGAUGGGUACAAGGGAAGAAGACCGUUCAAUAUACUGAGUCAGCGAACGACCGGGGGCAGACAGCGGCAGACGGGAAGAUAG